UAGAGUUUUAGACGCGUUACGUGACGAUACGUGGGUGUAUGUGGGCUCCGAAAAGUCCCAAACGUGAACAAGUAGUCUAGUAGACAGUGUUGAAAAGAAUCAAAAGUUAAUCAAGAAUCAUUAUAUGAUUUGUUUGUAAAUUUAGGAUCGGAUAUAGGAAUUUCAUUUUGAAGAUUAUCUUAUAAAUAAUCCACUCAAGUGAAGUUUUUCCCAUUAUUCUGGUCUUCGUCCGAUCCGUUAUUUAAGUUUGGUAUCAUAUAAUCGUUAAAAUAAUGUCAUUAAGCUGUAAUUAAAAUUUUUAAUUGUUUGUGAAAGAUUUAAUAAGCUGUGCCAGUUGACCUUGACAGUGCUAACUAUAUAUUUAGAUCUCAUUGUUGGAUAAGCAACAUGUGGCACAGUCUCAUUAUCAUAUGCUCCGCUGUAUGGAGUCUAGUCUGUGGCAAUCCACAACUCAACUUGCCAACGCCACAGCCAGAGAUCUUCUACAAUGGCUACACGCCCAAUGUGGCAACCACGCCUGCCCAGCUAAGGGCCGAUCGCGAUCGCAGCCAACGCUAUGGGCCUCCCUAUGCGGAUGAUGGAGGAGGAGGAGGGGGCGGAGACACUGGUGUAGGCAGCAGCAGCAGUGAUGAUGGACUGGACGACUUUAGGUACGGUCAGACCUAUGAUGAACGCAUGCGACUGGGUUACGCCUAUCCCACGCCCCGUCUGAACUUUAGCGAUCGCGCCGAUGACUCACCCUUCAGUAGAGGGGAUGCCAAUCGUUAUGGUGGCCAAGAUAAUCGUUAUGCGAAUCACAAUUAUGGGCCAACUUCUAGCACCGAUCGCAACUAUUACGAUCUGAACAAUAAUAAAAACAUUAAUAACUAUAGACCCAACAGCAGGGUAAACGACCAAUUUGACUACAACAACAAUCCGAAUGUGGAAUUUGUGGAUGUGAAUAAUCGCAAUCGUUUCGAGAAUCCCUAUCUGCCCAAUCAGGAUAGAUUUAAUCUGAAUCAGGGCUACACGGAUCGUCAGCGCUUUCAGCAGGAUCGUCGCUAUCAACAGGAACUGGAAAAACUGCGCAAUCUUCUCGUCGAAACGGACCAAAAGGGCUCCCUCGAGUGCACUGCUAAUGUGGCUGCUCAGUGGAAUUUUGAGACCAAUGUUAACGAUUUUACACAGACGGAAGCGCUAAAUGCCCAGCAACGUUAUGUGGAGUAUCAGCGUAUUACAGCCGAUCAGUCAAAGCAUAUUAACAAGGAUCUCAUAUUCGAUCGUCGACUCUAUCGACAGCUAAUGUUGCAAUCUGAAGUAGGACCCAAUGCGCUACCACUGGAUGUUCUGGAUAGGUAUAAUCGCUUGUUAAACGAAAUGCUUUUCCUAUAUAAUGGAGCUAGCGUCUGCGCCUAUCAGCAGCCAUUUCAAUGUGAUUUGCAUUACAUUCCCCAAUUGAAGGAUAUUAUGGCUAAGAGCAGGGACUGGGAUGAGCUGCAACAUACAUGGGUGGAGUAUCACCGUAAGGCGGGACGUGGUAUGCGGGACAACUAUGAGCAGCUGAUUGAUGUGAUGCAAGAAGUCGCCUAUGUAAACAAUGUUACCAAUGGCGGGGAGUAUUGGUAUUUGGCCUAUGAGUCAGGAAACUUUCGUCAGGAUAUGGAUAUCGUUUGGGAGCAAAUUCGUCCACUUUAUGAAUUACUCCAUUCGUAUGUGCGACGAAAGCUCAGGGAUUACUAUGGACCAGAUCGCAUCAAUCGUAUUGCGCCAAUUCCAUCGCAUAUAUUGGGGAAUAUGUACGGUCAGUCCUGGUCGAACAUUCUGGACAUAAUUAUACCCUAUCCGGGUCGCAAGCUCAUCGAUGUGACGCCUCGUAUGGUGGAGCAGGGCUUUACGCCCCUGUUGAUGUUUCAGCUGGCCGAAGAGUUUUUUACUUCCAUUAAUAUGUCCGCAGUAGGGCCGGAAUUCUAUAGGAAUUCCGUAUUUGAGCAGCCGCUGGAUAGACGCGUAUUGUGCGAACCCUCCGCCUGGGACUUUUGCAAUCGCCACGAUUAUCGUGUAAAGAUAUGUACGGAUAUCAAUCAACGCAGUCUGAUCAGUGUGCACCAUGAGAUGGCACAUAUUCAGUACUUCCUGCAGUACCGUCACCUGCCCAAGAUCUUUCGUAAUGGCGCCAAUCCGGCCUUCCAUCAGGCAGUCGGCGAUGCGAUUGGGCUGUCCGUCUCCACGCCGAAGCACUUGCAGACCUUGGGCUUGCUUCAACGCUCGCUAGAUGAGAGCAGCUACGACAUUAACUAUUUGUUUACCAUGGCUAUUGAUAAGAUCGCAUUUCUGCCCUUUGCCUUGUCCUUGGAUAACUGGCGCUAUGAUAUUUUCAGUGGAAAUGUGAACAAGAGAAUUAUGAACUGUCACUACUGGAACUUACGUGAGAGAUAUGCGGGCAUAAAGCCGCCCGUCUUACGCUCUGAACAGGACUUUGACUUGGGUGCGAAGUAUCAUAUACCCGCAAAUAUUCCCUAUAUUAAAUACUUUUUCUCCACGGUGCUGCAGUUUCAGCUUUAUAGACGCAUGUGUCAAGCCGCUGGCCAAUACGUGCCCAACGAUCCGAGAAAGCCAUUGCAUAAGUGCGACAUCUAUCGGCAGCCAGCCGCAGGCAAUAUACUUAAGAACCUGAUGGCAAAGGGCGCUUCACAGCCAUGGCAAGAGGUGCUGGAGGAGACAUUGGGCGAGGGUCGUUUAGACGGUACUGCUUUGAGGGAGUACUUUGCACCCUUGGAGGAAUGGCUGCGUCUGGAGUCUCUGCGUACGAACGAGUAUGUUGGUUGGAACUAUGAUGGGGACUACUGCAAACGAAGCAUCGAAACCGCUGGACUACAAAUAUUUGGUGGCUACUACAACGGAGUAAGAGGAUCAGAGGACAACAUAUUGAUGCUAAUCCUAGCGAUCUCUCUGUGCUACCUAUUUGUCUAACUAAAAUCGAACUAAAUUAAACAAUCAAAUGCACUUAUUUUUAUGUAGUAUAUUAAUUUCCGCUUAAUCAAGUUGCAUAUUCCGUACAUAUCUAACCGAGUUGAACUUGAAUUAAUGCCAAAAACAAUUCUAAAUAAAAUAAAAAGUAAACAAACAUAAACAAAAUACAAAUUGUCGGCACCCUAAGCAAACUAUUGAAAAA